AUGGCACAAAAAGGGCAACAAAUCGACCUCAACACCCUCACCACCCCCCAACUAACCCAAGUAAAAAAGCAACUCGACGACGAACUCGAACAUCUCACCUCCUCCUUCCAACAACUGCGCGCUGCGCAAAAUAAAUUCCGCGAGUGUCUGAGGAGUAUCAGUACGGGGGUUGGGGAAAAGGUUGGGAGCCAACCAAUCCUCGUACCCCUCACCACAUCCCUUUAUGUCCCUGGAGAAUUGGCCGAUACCGAGAAUGUCAUUGUGGAUGUUGGAACUGGAUUUUAUGUUGAGAAGAGCACAAAGGAUGCUACCAAGUUUUACGAGGCAAAAGUCGAGGAAAUUGGGGCCAACUUGAAGAAUUUGGAGAUAAUAGUCAAUAAUAAGUCGGGUAGUUUACGGGUGGUUGAAGAUGUUCUACGCCAGAAAGUUCUCAGCUCAAGUGCAGGUACUGCUUCAGCUUCCACAUCUUGA